AUGACCCGGGGCUGCCCAAAGCUGGCGCCCCUGCAGCCCUUGCCGCCCCUGCAGCCGAUGCAGCUGCAGACUCCACCUGCUGUUGCUGUCACCGCUGCCACCUCUGCUGCUGCCCGCUGCCGCCUGCCACCGACUGCCACCGCCUGCCUGCUGCUGCCUGCCGCCGCUGCCCACCACUGCUGCCACCGCCGCCUGCCACCGCUUCCCUGCGGCCGCCACCAGUCAGUACUAGCCCUGCCGUCUGCCACUGCCGCCCCUGCUGCCGCUUACCUCUGCCUGCCGCCGCCACCUACCUUCUGCCACCCACCGCCCUUGCCUGCGCCUACAGCCUGCUGCCCGACGGCAUCCGUGUCCGCCUGCGUGCCACCGCCGUCUGCUGCCGCAGCCUGGCUCCACCGGGCCCAGCUACCUAACCCCGAGAAUGCAUGCCAACGCUGCCUGCCUACCCCAACCGCUGCCGGCACCGCCUGCCUACCGCUGCCACCUGCCAAUCGCCACAACGGCCGCCUGCCUAAUGCUGCUCCUGCACCUGCUACCUCUUACCUGCUGCCACUACCUGCCUACCGCUGGCGCCAGCAGCGCACUGCCCCCACUGCCUGCCUCCGCUGCAGCCUGCCUCCUCCUGCCACCUUCCCCCGCCACCUGCCUCCGCUGUCUCCUGUGGCUUCCUGCCACUGCCGCCUGACACCGCUGCCGCCGCUUCCUGUUGCCGCCUGCCUGACGCUUGCCGGGGCUUGCCUGCCUGCCGCCCCAGCUGCCUGCGUCCCACCGCUUCCUGCCGCCGCCGCCUGCUACCUCCUCGCACCGCUCGCCUCCCUUACUUGUGGCUGCCUGCCAGCCACUGCUUACCACAGCCUGCCCCCGCUGCCACCUGCUGCCACUGCCGCCUGCCUUCGCUUCCUGCCGGGGCUGCCUGCUACUACCUACCACCACCGCCUGUCUGCCAACCCUGCCUGCCGCCGCCCGCCAUCCUUGCCUGUGUCUCCCUGCCUCCGCCUGCCUGCCCGCACCCCCUGCCGCCGCUUACCGCUGCCUACCGCCGCACCCUGCCGCCACCACCACCACCACCUGCCUACCGCGGCCGCUUGCAGCCCGCUGCCGACGUUGCCUGCCACCGCCUGUCUGCCCCCACUGCCCACUGCCCGCCACAGCCCACUGCCGCUUCCUUACCACCGCCCGCCACCGCACUCCGCCACCACCGCAUGCCUACUACUGCCGCCUCCCAACAGCUGCAAUUCCCGCCUUCCUAACACUGCUGCCUGCGGCCACCACCUGUCCCCGCCACCCGCCUGCCACUGCUUCCUGCCACCACCGCCUGUUGCCAUCUGCGGCUACUGCCACCCGCCUCCGCUGCCUAACCUCGACGAUGCCUUCCAAUGUUGCCUGCCUACCGCCGCCACCUGCUGCCGCUGCCCCCUGCAGCCCGCUUGCCCCCACCGCCUGCCGCUGCCGCCUGACGCCGCUGCCGUCUGCUGCCCUCACUGCUUGCCGCCGCUGCGGCCCGCCUCCCCCUGCCACCUGCCCCUGCCGCCUGCCGCCGCGUUCUGCCACCGCUUACGGCCGGCUGCGACUAUCAGCCGCCGCUUCCUGCCUGGCCCCUGCUGCCUGCAGCCCGCCACGGCCUGCUGCUGCUUACCUACCACCGCCUGCUGCCACUUACCACUACCCGCCACGGCAGCCCACUGCCACCACAUGCCUACCGUUGCCGCCUACCUAACGCUGCUGCCUGGCCCUGCCACCUGCCGCCGCUUCCUCCCGCCGCUUACCACUGCCUGCCCCCGUCUGCCACCUCUUGCCACCGCCGCCCCCUGCCUGCCCCUAGCCGGGGCCUGCCGGCCGCCACUACCUGCCCCCACCACCUGCCCGCCGCCGCUUCCUGCCGCCACUGCCCGUUGCCACCUGCGGCUACUGCGUUCCCCCAGUGCUGCAGGCUGCCUGCAACUGUCUGCCACCUGCCUGCCGCAGCCUGCCUGCCCCCGCCCCCUGCCGCCGCCGCCGCCUGCUACCUCCGUCCACCGCCCGCCGCCCUUGCCUGCCUGCCGCCGCCGCCUGCCUACCUGCCGCUUCUUACCCAAGCCCGCCACCGCUUCCUGCCGCCGCCUGCAAUCACCUACCGCCGCCGCCCACCACACUUGCCUGCCGCUACCUGCCUCCCUGCCCCCACCGCUUACUGCCGCCCCCUGCCUCCACUGCCUCCAACACCUCCCGCUGCCACAUACUGACCCCCACUAA